UUUUCCUGUUGUUUUGCAAAAGCUCCUGCAAUGACGCUGAAGAAGUACUUUGUGAAGGCUCUCCAUCGCCUCCAGAAGGGCCCUGGAUACACCUACCAGGAGCUGCUGGUCUGGUACUGUGACAACACCAACACCCAUGGGCCCAAGCGCAUCAUUUGUGAGGGUCCGAAGAAGAAGCUGAUCUGGUUCUUCUUGACACUGCUCUUCGCUUCGCUGGUGUUCUGGCAGUGGGGCAUCCUCAUCAACACCUACCUGUCCUACAAUGUCACAGCCUCUCUGGCCAUCGGCUUCAAGACCAUGACCUUCCCCGCUGUGACCAUCUGCAAUGCAAGCCCUUUCCGGUAUUCUAAGGUGAAGCCCUUCCUGAAAGACUUGGAUGAGCUCAUUGAGGCAGCCCUUGAAAGGAUCUUGCAGCCCCUUCAGGGAAAUGCAUCGGCCACCCCUGCAGCAAAUCUAAGCGAGAAGCUCAACUUGCAGCUCUGGAACCAGAUCCCCCUGGUCUUGAUUGACGAGAGCGACGCGGCUCAUCCAGUCAUCCUGGACAUUCUUGGGAACGGCUCUCUGGGUCCUGGAGGGCACCAGAACUCCUCCACUUUUGGCAACCUGGAAGCAAAGAGAUACAAGCUGGCUCUGAAACUGUGCACACACCUCACCCCCCACUGCUUCUACCGGAAGUUCACCAGCGCGGCCCAGGCGGUGACCGAGUGGUAUGUCCUGCAGUCUACCAGCAUCUUGUCCAAAGUGCCAUUGAGCAAAAGGAUUGAAAUGGGCUACCAGGCAGAGGACAUGAUCUUGGCGUGUCUCUAUGGAGCUGAGCCUUGCAACCACAGGAACUUCACCCACCUCUACCACCCGGACCACGGAAACUGCUACGUCUUCAACUGGGGGGUUGAGAAGGAGCCCCUCCUCUCCUCCAAUCCAGGGGCAGAGUUUGGUGGGUACACAGGGGGGGUAUGGAUGGAAGACCCCCUGGAGGAGGGUCUCAAGGCCUGGCUGGGCUCCAACUGGAG